AUGAAGACAUCAUCUAUCCUUGCCGCUUGCGCCUCUGGUCUCGCUGUACAGGCAUUCAGCGUCCCAAGAAUCGCUCAGAAUGCAGCCCAGCAAGUCCAGGGCUUCAUGUCGCCUGAGCAGUACCUGAUCGAGCUUGCUCCCGGCGAGACCAAGUGGGUGACUGAUGCCGAGAAGUGGGCAUUGAGAAGAGAAGGCAUCUCGUUCUUCGACAUCACCGACACACCCGACCUGGGCUCUGUGCUCAAGUCCACCGACGCCGUCAAGUUCCCUGCCCAUACCGAGUACAACUCGACCGUCAAGCACCUCGCUCGCAACCUGACCAAGUCCAACAUGCACGACCACCUCGAGACUUUCACCGCCUUCCACACACGCUACUACAAGAGUGAAUAUGGCGCCAAGUCGUCAUUUUGGUUGCUGGGUCAGGUCAACGACACUCUAGCACACGCUGGAGCUCUGAAGCACGGUGCGAGCGUCAAGCACUUUGAGCAUGCCUGGGGACAGAACUCCAUCAUCGCCACUCUCCCUGGCAAGACGAACAAGACGGUUGUAAUCGGUGCCCACCAGGACAGCAUCAACCUGUUCUUCCCUUCGCUUCUGGCUGCUCCUGGUGCUGAUGACGAUGGUUCCGGCACUGUCACCAUUCUCGAAGCAUUGCGUGUACUGCUCCUGGACGAGGACAUCGUUCGCGGCAAGCAAGAGAACACUGUCGAGUUCCACUGGUACAGUGCUGAGGAAGGCGGUCUGCUCGGCUCUCAAGCCAUCUUCCAGACCUACGAGAAGGCUGGUCGUGAUGUCAAAGCUAUGCUGCAGCAAGACAUGACUGGCUACGUCCAGAAGACUCUUGAUGCUGGAGAGCCAGAGAGCGUUGGCGUCAUCACUGAUUUCGUUGACCCUGGUCUCACCGAGUUCAUCAAGAAGGUUGUUACCGAAUACUGCGACAUCCCUUACGUUCUGACCAAGUGUGGCUAUGCAUGCUCUGAUCAUGCCAGCGCUAGCAAGGCUGGCUACCCCAGUGCUUUUGUCAUCGAAAGUGACUUCAAGUACAGCGACAACAAGAUCCACACCACUGAGGAUAAGAUCGAAUACUUGAACUUUGAUCACAUGCUACAGCACGCAAAGCUUACCCUUGGUCUUGCCUACGAGCUCGCCUUCGCUCGCUUCUAG